AUGUUUUUCAAGCAAUCCCUCACCGCUUUGCUCUCCCUUUCAGCUACUACACUUGCCUGGGAUGCCCCUGGCUAUAGUGGCUUCAACCGCAUUUGGCAGGAUCCCUUUUCUGGUGCGUCUGGCACACUCCCCGACACAAGCAGAUGGAACAUCAUCGAUGGAUAUCUCAACGUCAACGCCGAACUCGAAGUAUAUACUUCAUCCACUCGCAACGUUCAAAGAAGUGGAGGUGAUACCCUCCAGCUUGUUCCCUGGCGCGAUGCUUCUGCCCUAAAGGGUUGGACUUCCGGACGCGUAGAGAGCAAAUAUGUUUUCACGCCCCAGGCAGGCAAAGUUACCCGCGCCGAAGCUCAAAUCCGUUUCGGUACUUGCGCUAUCAGUAACAAGGCAGGCAUUUGGCCUGCCUUCUGGAUGCUUGGUGACAUUCUUCGUCGAGGCGGGAGCUGGCCGUCUUGUGGAGAGCUCGAUAUCAUGGAGACGGUCAAUGGACAGCUGACUGGACACGGAACCGUCCACUGCGACGUGUACCCCGGAGGUAUUUGCAACGAAGGAACAGGAAUCGGCAACACUAUUGGUAUCCCAGACCAGAGCUGGCACAACUGGAGGAUUGAGAUUAACCGAGCCAAGAGCAGUUGGCGGGACGAGACUAUUACUUGGUUCAUGGAUGGACGACAGUAUCAUCAGAUCACCGGUGCUCGAAUCAACAAUGAAAGAGUCUGGAACACACUGGCCCGUAGCCCAAUGUACUUUAUUCUCAACGUGGCUGUUGGUGGCACUUGGGCAAGUUAUCCUCCAACAAGAAAGAGAAAACAUGAACUAAUUGAAUUGCAAGCCCGGAUAUCCGAACGAUAA